ACGCCGAGACGACCAGGCCCCAAUCGAGGGGAGGCGAGGCUGUGCGGUGGUCGCCGACGACGACGAGGAGGAGGAGGAUAUCGAUCGCCGGCGAUGGGGUACUGGUGGGACCGCGUCGUGCUUCCGGUGAGGAGGGCGUGGCUCGGCGUCGCCGCCCGAUUCGGGGUUCGGCAGACAGGGCUGUGGAGGCUGAGGCAGGAGGUGAGCACGUGCGAGUACGAGGACGUGCGCGUGAUGUGGGAGAUGCUGAGCCGCACCAGCACGGCGGGGGCGGGGGCGGGGCGGGCGGCGCCGCCGGCGAGGAGGCACAGCCGGUUCCGGCAGCCGCGGCCGUGGACCGAGAGCAUCUGCCUCUGCGCGGGCUUCUAGAAGGUCUCCCUUGUGGGCUUGUGGCUGUGGCUUAGCUCGUCCUCUUCUCUUCGCGACUUCUCUUUGAUUUUUUUUUUCUUCCUUUUUUUUUCUUUUCUCCGUCUCACUACUGGGCUCUGAGAUGUAGUAAUCGAUUCCUCCUCUUGUAUCGAUCCGCCUAGAUGAUACUUGGGGUAUGUGAAUGAACAGAGCUGUUUCAGAUUAUUACUACUUUCUUGUUUGCAAUUUCA